AGAAGCGGUUCUUCAGGCGUUCAAAAUCGGGUGACAUCCUUGCCAAGAACCCUGUGGUGCGCUCAAAAAGCUACAACAACCCGCUGCUGACGCCAGUAGCCGAGUAUGAAACCGAGGGCAUGGCUGCCAAUGGAACAGGCAUCCGAAGGCACUCUGUUUCAGAAAUCACCUCCUGCCUGGAGCUACAGGGGUACUCCAACCUCACCACCAUCAUGGACAACGGUUCCAAGAGCUCUAUGACCACCACGAAAAGCUCCCUGUCGGGAGACCCGGAGAGGCCCAGCCCUGGGUCAGUACAAUGCUCUAGCAAACUCAGCACAGUUGAGCAACAGAAAGGACUCUUCCACUCAAUUGACGACUCACAUAGGUCUUUUGAGCUGGACAGGGACCCUUCCUUGAUUCCAGUUCCCUCUUCCAGCCCUGAGAACAUAGUGGAUCAGAUUUUGGAGUCAAUUGACUCUGAUUCUGAAGGCAUUUUUAUUGAUUUUGGCCGAGGCUGUUCCAAUUCAUCAGCAUACAAUGUGGACGUGAACAGACAGAGCAUCAUGUGAAGGACAUUGGGAGACAAACCUUGGGUUUUAAUAUUAUAUAUGAAAGUUACUAAUGUGUUGAGUCAGACCGACUGCGGGCAAACCAGAUGUGUCUAGGGCAGAGCCUCUG